AUGAAAUCAUCUACAAUUGAAAUUGAAAAGAAUAAAAGAUUAAAAUUAAAUAUUUCUGAGUUAUGUUCUGGCCCAAUUAAUAAUAUGACCGUUAUAAAUAAUUCAAAUGUUACUUUGAGGAGACCAAUUCAGUAUAAGUAAGAACUGUUAAAUUUUGAUAAAUAAACCUCAAUAUUAUGUUAUAGAUAAUAUCAUCCUCAAACAUAAAUAGCAAAGUUAGGUUUUACGGUGAUUAUUUCAGAAAAUUUAAUUAUUAAAGUAAUAAAGGAUUAUUUUUGGUAACAAUAUUAUUUGACUUGGAUACAAUGGCAAUUUUAUCUUUGCAUCUCGCAAUUAUUUGACGAUCUAAAUAUUGAAUUAAUUCAAAGUUCGGAAAAUUAGUUAGAAUUUUGUAAAUUGAUAUCAAAUAUUAGUUAUAAUUUAAAAAGAAGUUCAAUCAAUUUUGCAGACACAAUAAGAGUCAGUAAUUUAAUAAAGUUAAUGCUUUCAGAUCGUAAUAAUAAUUUAUUUAUAGACAGUUUUUUAUAAAUCAAGAAGUAGUAUGA